CUUUCUACCUCCGUCGAGUAACCAUGUCGACGGCGGCGGCUAGCGUCGUCGUCCUCCUGCUGGCCGUGGUCCUCGCUACGGCGUCGACGACGACGGCGAGGCACCACCACCACGGCGGGGGCUACGGAGAGGUGUUCGAGCGCCAGGCGGCCGACCUGGUGGAGUCCCUGCCUGGGCAGCCGGCGGGGCUCGGGUUCAGGCACUUCUCCGGGUACGUGACCGUGAACGCCACCCACGGCCGCGCGCUCUUCUACUGGUUCUUCGAGGCCACGCACCAAGUUAGCAAGAAACCCCUCGUCCUCUGGCUCAACGGAGGGCCGGGAUGCUCGUCGCUGGGAUACGGAGCGUUGCAGGAGGUGGGGCCCUUGUUCACCCAGAAGGGAACCCCGGAGCUCAAGCUAAACCCCCACUCGUGGAACAAAGAGGCGAACCUGCUCUUCUUGGAGCAACCUGCCGGCGUUGGAUUCUCCUACACAAACACCACCGCCGAUAUCAGGAGGUUCGGUGACGAGCUCGCUGGUACGUAUAUAUACAUGGUUCAUAUAUAUUUCUUCCUAUAUUUAUAUUUAUUAUUCCUCCAAAUUCUCUGUAACGAACCUGACACUCCAUGGUGUGUUUGUGAAGCUCACGAUGCCUACACGUUCCUCGUUAAUUGGUUUGAGAGGUUCCCGCAGUUCAAGGGCCACGAUUUCUACAUUGCCGGAGAGAGCUACGCUGGGCACUAUGUCCCCAAUCUCUCCGAGAAGAUCCUGGAGCAAAAUAAGAAGGUGCACAAGAGCAGGCGCAUCAAUUUCAAGGGAUUCUUGAUCGGGAACGCGGCGAUCGACGAAGCGUCGGACGACAGCGGCAUGGUGGACUACGCGUGGGACCACGCCGUGAUCUCGGACGAGCUCUACGCCGACCUGACAAAGCACUGCAACUUCUCCUCGGGCCAGAGCAGCGACUUCUCGUCCGGCGCGGAGAACAACAGCAGCAACGCCGCCUGCGACAACGCCCUCAACUCCUUCUACGAGGCCUUCAACGACGUCGACAUCUACAGCCUCUACACCCCCGUGUGCACCACGUCCACAAACUCCAGGACUACACGCCGUCUCCGGCGACCAUCCCCCAGCACCAGUAGCACCACCAACAAGAACGACGUGCCCCAGCUCCGCCUCCGGCUCCGGUACGACGCCUACGACCCGUGCCAGGACGGCUACACGGAGGCGUACCUGAACCGGCGGGACGUGCAGGACGCGCUGCACGCCAACGUCACGGGCAGCAUCCCGUACGGCUGGUCGGCGUGCAGCAACGACCUGUUCCAGAACUGGCAGGACUCGCCGGCGUCGACGCUGCCGGCGAUCAAGAAGGCGGUCGGCGCCGGGCUGCGCGUCUGGGUGUACAGCGGCGACACGGACGCGCGCGUGCCCGUCUCGUCGACGCGCCGCGCGCUGCGCAAGCUCGGGCUCAAGACGGUCAGGCCCUGGGCGGAGUGGUUCACCAGCGACCAGGUCGGCGGCUACACGGUGGCCUACGACGGGCUCACGUUGGUCACGGUCCGUGGAGCCGGCCACAUGGUGCCCACCAUCGCGCCCGUGCAGGCCAGCCAGCUCUUCGCGCACUUCCUCGCCGGCAAGGACCUGCCCACCAAACCCGUCGUUGCCGUUUAAUUAAGAUCGAUCGAGCGUUGAUUUCCUCGAUCGCCGGCAAGGAACAGCUGCCACCCGAACCCUGCAUGCUUGGGUUUUUCAUAUUGAGUUUGUUUUGGAUUGGAUAUGGUCCAUCUAUCAUUUUAGAAUUGCCACAUUUGUAAAUUAUAUCAGAAUUUGUGUUGCUCGUAGCCUCAUGGUAAAUGUAAUCCGUAUCAGUUUUCAAAUAGACAUUUGUACAUUUGGGUUUUUUCUAAAUCAAACUUUACGAGUUUA